AUGGUAUGGGCGUCUCCAGCUGACCGGCCUGUAAGGCAGGGUUGUAGCCCGAAGUCUCUGUUGCUGCUUUUCGUUCUUUUUUUUGCAGUUUAUAGGAUUUAACAUUUCCUGUUGUUGUAUAUAAAAUCAUACAGUUGGAGUUAUUGUGAAGAACGUGCCAUUACUUGUAUGCAAUAAAAGGACUGAUUAUUGUGUAGCCGCUAUUCUACGUGUUUCUGGAAGUCAUUACCCUGAUAGGGCCCAGCCUCGGCCUGCGGUCCCUUCGCUGAGUUUCUUCAUACAUUUUGCCGGGCCUCCUUUCCCUUCCCUUCUGUGUUGUGCCUUAAUCUCACUACUAUGGGGGACGCAGGUAGCGAACGCCGUAAAGCACCCAGCUUGCCCCCACGUUGUCCUUGCGGUUUCUGGGGUUCCAGCAAAACUAUGAACCUCUGCUCCAAGUGCUUUGCUGAUUUUCAAAAGAAACAGCCAGAUGAAGAAGACACACUCCCUAGCUCCAGCACCAGUGGCCAGUCAGAUUUGUUUUGUGAGGAAACAAGUAGUGACAGCAGCAAUACUUCUCAGAGCACACAGACUGUUAAAUCCAUCCAGCAAAUUUCUACAGACCAGCCUGCAGCCUCAGCCAGUGUGGAAGAAUAUGGACCUUGCACAACUACAACUCGGGUCUCCUUAUCCACGCCCACCAAAAGACCAUGCGACUCAGAUUCUCAGACAGAAAGUGACUGUACUCCUGAAAAAAGGGCAAGAGUGCAGGACAUCACUGAUCAGAGUGAAGACACGGGGCGACCAAAACAGAAAAACAGACGACGUUGUUUCUUAUGCCAAACAAAACUGGAAUUAGUACAGCAAGAAUUGGGAUCAUGUCGCUGUGGUUAUGUGUUCUGCAUGUUACAUCGUCUGCCAGAGCAACACGACUGUACAUUUGAUCACAUGGGCCGUGGACGUGAAGAGGCCAUCUUGAAAAUGGUGAAAUUGGACCGGAAAGUGGGACGAGCAUGCCAGCGCAUCGGGGAGGGGUGCUCUUGAAUGCAAGAUCCUGGUGUCAAGUUUCUCUUAGCUCACAGAUGUUAGCCUUAUUUAGGAUGAACUUAAGCGAGAUAACCCUUAUACCGGGCAACUUCCAGACUUUAGCCAAUCAGCUUCUACCACUGCAAGACUUUUUUUGGUACUUGUGGCAUUCUGGCCACUGCUGGUGCACGUUGACUUCUGCCCGGGGUCUGCUAGCCACCGUUGAUAAAUGAUAACUUCGCAUGACACAGUCUGGCUGCGGAGAGAACACUUUUUAAUGUAACUAAAUAGAGGUUCCAUUUUUCUUAUUCUUUUGUUUUCUUUUUAUUUUCAGUGGCUUUUAAAAUGUAAUUUGGACUCCUUGCUGGAAUCGUGUCUAUAGUCAUCUCAAGUUUUCUGACAAGAAUGCAGCCCCUAGUUGGUCCAGGCAUACACUUUUCACUAAAGUCACACCCUACUCACAUGGUAGUAUGCUGUUGCACCCACACCCUAUUAAAAAACUCACACUAUUUACUUACUUUUUCACUGUUAUGCAUGCCACAACACACAUGGUAGCAUCUGUCAUAACCAAGCCUUAUACAUUAGUGUUUAUUGUCAACACUCAGGUGCGUCUCUUUUGGGCCAAGAUCCUUUAACAUUGGCCUGACUGUACACUUCACCUCAAGAAACAGGCAAGCUGCUGAAUGUGAAAUAAUCAGUUUAGCUCUGCCUGUUAGAUGGACCCCAAUUGGCUGCUGUUUUCUUAGUUGCAUGUGUAUCCGAUUGUAGCAAGGCUACUUAGCAGAUUGACCGUGGUUGGAAAUCUUGAGACUUUAAACUGUAAGCAAUUUAAAGUGAAAGGAAGAGAAAAAUGAGUUUUUCAACAGGUUGAUAUAUUUAACAUUGUCAAAUAAUAACCAAGGAAGUGCCUCUAGUCCUUGUAACCUUGAAACUUGUGGAAGGUAGCAAGAAGUUGGGUGGGGAUGGGGGUGGCAUUCUGUUUUCAGCGGUGACUAUUGCCUGAUAUGUUUCCUGGCUCAGGGUCAAAGUAUCUGUGAAUAAACCAAGGAGAAUGCUGCUGUGUAGAGUCCCACAGUUGCACUUUCAUAAGCUGUCUUCACUGUUUUCUGCAGUCUGUCUAGACAGAGCUGUUUUUGAUUUAUCAGUUGCUUUAUUUUUCAUUGACAGUGAUGUGGGGAAUUUUUAAUCAGCCAUAUGUGCUGAAGGUUACAAGGGAGAAGGUGUGCUUCCAAUAUUACCUUUGGAGGCUUUAACAUGUUCCCUUUCCGUACUAAAGACUUUUAGAAAACAUCAGGACAGACUUGCAUUGCAGGAACAGUUGAUCUAACUUUCCACAGAGGGAGUUGCAAGUGAGCACCAGCACAGCCUUCUGAUAAGGGAUGAAGUACAAAACCUAUAAUGCAACUCCCUCAUAAUGAAUUAGUGUCGCAUCAUGACGCAGAGGAAUGGCAUAUAGGUGGCCCAAAUGGGAUACCAGUUGGUCUUCAGAAUGUCUUAAGUAUCACUUUGAGCUUCCUGAAGCCUUUAGCAUGAAAGGAGUAAAAAAAAAUGGUUUAUCUUUAACUUAAUGGAUUAAAGCAGUCAGCAUUUUGAGUUAAGAAUUUUCUAGCUUUAUUUUAUUUGAGGGGCCCAAUGGUCUUCACUUUCAGAUGAUUACUCUAGAUGCAUCUUGCCUUAAGGUUUGGAACGUUCAUGACCUUGCCUUAUUCUGCAGUACAGAGGAACAGUAAAUGACACACCCUGCAUUUCAGAAGUGGUUUAGCUGGUGCCAGCACAGACCAACUUAGAAUUCAUGGGGACCAGUUAGUUAACUUCACUUAAAGGUCAUGGCCACUAAGCUUACGUUAAGAAGGAUACUGCAAAUUUUCAGUUAAGACAAAUCUUAUUAGCUGCACUUUGAUAGUGCUUCACUUUCCAAAAUGUCGUGUUACAGCUAUCUACAGAAGUGUACUCUCUCGCUCAGUGGUACUUACAGGACAUCAAUAUCAGCUCACAAUUUUUCUUUGAAAAUGUGGUCAGAAGCGUAUUUAGAUUUUACUGUGUAACACUUCAUAGAGCAUUGUGAAGUGAUUGUGGCUGUUAACAGUUACAACAAAAAAAUUGCAAAGAUGUUUGGGGUACUUAAAAUUGUUUCAGUGCAUUUUAACUGCUUCAGUCUUAAGUCUUGUUACAUUUGUUUCAUGAUGGCUUGUCACGACUUGAGUACUUAAUCCUUUAAUGUAAAGGCUCUGGCACUUUCAUCCAUUCCCUUGCUUCCCAUGCUUUAUAUCAUAGCUUCUUAUUGGACUUGGAUCACAAAAGAAGAUGCAACAUUUUCUUCAGGUAUUCUGUCUCUGCUGUUUGCUUCAAGGUACUUCAGUAUCAUUUUCAUUGGCUUGAAGACCAUGUUAUGACUGCAUGCUGCUUCAAAACUUCAUAUCCUAAUUUUCAAGGUAUGUGUGCUGUUCAAAAGAUAUACAUUCAUCUUGAAAGUGGAAGAUUGAUUCUGGAAACAUGUUCUGUGCUUUAGAUCUAGGAGAUGGCAUAUGUAAAGGGGUAGGAGCUGUUAAAAGCUUCCCUGUUUGGUUAUUAACAUUAAAAUGCGUAUGAUGACUUCCUUCAGGUUUUAAAAAUAGUGUGCACUGCCUGGCAGAGAGGGUACUGUAAGCUUUGUUGUUUUAUUCAAAAUAUAGUGUACAGUGUGGUAGGCCCGUGUUGUGAAGCAUUUGCGUGGUGCACAUAAAAGCAUCAAGUGCAUGGUGCUGUUGAAGCACUGUAAAGGGGAUUGUCACUUUUGCUCAAAGGUGUAUUGCAUAUAGAAUAAUUAAAGCAAACGUACUGUAAAAUGGGUCCCAGCAUUUUGCCCAACAUAUGUUUAAUGAUGGAUUAGUACUGUAUUGGGUGAAUGACACUCUGGAACCGUUCCCCAACAUCUGGCAACUGAUAGGCGGCUGUUUAUAGAAGGAAUUCACUGUCUAGCUGUUAAUUGCCGAAUGUAUAGAAAGUUUAAUUGCUGGGCAUUUAGUUGCUUGGGCCCUGAAGGAAGUAUGCCUUUUUUUCAUGGUAUACAAGUAAUGUAUUGAGUUUCUGUGACUUAGUCUAGAAAGCGUGUGUUUCAUGUUUUAAGUUUAUUAAUUGCUUGUUUUAACGUUCCGGAGUGAUGUACAUAGUAAACCAUGCCAGUCACUACACAGAUUAUAUAAAAGUAACAUAAUAUUAAAAGUAAUGUAAUAUAAAGUAAUAUAUGAGUUGUAGCUUAUCAUUUAAGGCUCCAUGGGGACUACAGAUCCCUAAAAGCCUGGGUAAGUAAAAGCAUUUUGAGGGUUGAUUUAAAGGCCUUCAGUGAGGGGCUUAACUCUCACAUCCAGCAAUGCAGAUAGUUGUGCGUUUUUUGCUUAAUUGGAGGCCAUCAGACAAACAUUUCAAGUCUCAACCCUAGCAGUGUCUGAAAGCCCAUUACUGUCCAGUUGUAAGGAGCAGCUCAGGAUAGUGGUCAAGGAGCUUUUUCAAGUAGUAUUUAAUGUGUUGUAUAACGCAUGUUUAGUGGCAUUGUAAGAUACUAACAACACGGAAAGCUGCCACUAAAUUCUUAAAACUAAUAUGCUUGUGAAGUGGUAGUAUGAUACUGUACUGAGCACUCAAUGUUUGAGCACAGUGGUGACAUCAUUUUUGAAGGGUAGGGUAUUUACUGCAUGUGGGACACAUUAUUGAUGCUGAGAGCAUAAGUGCCAUAUUUGACAUUCACUGUUAUGUUUACUGAAGGUACUCCUCACAGUUAACAAGUGGCAGGUGUGUUCUGUUUUAUGCUCCUCUUUGGUGUCUGAGGAAGAUGUGUUUUGAGCAGUAGACAGAACUUAUUUGCCCAUACGUUAGUAUGUGUGAGCCAAUGUAGGGAACGGCUUUAGUGUUUAGAGGUUCAUGAAAGUGGUUGUGUGAAAUGGUUUUGCAUUUACAUUUUAGAAUACUUGCAUAUGCUUCUCAGACAUAGCAUAUGUAGAGUAAAAGGCAGAAAUGAAGAUCACACUAUCAAAUUUCUGGUGGUUGUGCAUGCAGCAUUAGGCCGACAAGGAACUGCUGUGUACACCAUACCAUUCCUAAAGGUGGCUGAUGUUAAUUAGUAGACAGGUUAUGUACAGCAUACCUGUUUCCUGAAGGUAUUGUUUUCAUGCUGAUUGGGAGGGAGGGCACUUUACAGUAUACUUCACUGCAGACUAAUGCACAGUGGAAGUAAACUAAGAGGUUUGAUAUGGAAAGCUUCAGAAAAAAAUGUAUUCUUCCAUUCCCUCACAAAGAGUCUCUUCUGAAUUUAUAAACUACAGGAUUUAUAGCCCAAAUGUGGUACUAGAAUGUUUUGAAAUGGCAGCUGGGUCCUGCCAUUAGGCUGUGAUGCUGGUAGUCAUGUGAUUAGCGAAUGGUGUCUCUCUACUUGUCUUCUCCAAACCAGAGGACUUCAUUGUGUAAAAUCAGUGUCCCUGCUGUUUUAACAUUAACACCUGAAGGUAAAAACUAGUAUAUAAGUGUCAGUGUAGCACAACAAGUGGAAUGCAUUCUUUCACAAGUUUUACUUUGUUUUAUAAUUUUACUUUGUUGUUUUUCUUUUUUGACUUGAGACCUAGUCACAGACUGAUCACUUAGAUGUAUGUCAAACACUAAGAAUGCAAAUUUGUUUUCAUUUUGUUUCCUUUGAAAAGGGCUGUUCCUUGGUGAUUGUUAUGUGAAGUUUAAAAGUGAAGACAUUGAAGCAGAACCUAUGUUCUAUACUGAAAACCUUAUUUAACCCUUUGUGUUUUCCAGACUUACUGACACAUGUAGCCUAGACCUUUCACUUUAGUUAAUACUGUAAAGAUGAUUACAAAAAAGUUGUAACUUGAUUGUUUUUUUCUUCUCUUCCUGCUGAAGAACAUUAAACCAAUCAGAUUAAAGUCCAA